CCAAAACAAUGAUAGUGACAGUGGGGAGAAAACGGGUCGAAAUGUUCAACAUAGCAGCAUUCAGGCUGAUAGAUUGAGCGCUGUGCAGUCGCAGAGACUGAAUACGCAUGCACGUUGCAUGAAGUGUGUGCAUAUUUUUCGCUGACUUUCGUGAUUCUUUUCGGGGUGAAAAAACUACUUGUGAGAACGACGUAGACGCAUUCAACAAGAUAAAGAUGUUUAUUGAAAAACUAACCGUCGAGAGAUACACAGAAGUGCAGGCUGCCAGCGCUUGCUGAACGUAUAAAGACAAAAUAUUGGACCCAACUCAAGUUGACUGUGAUAGGAAGAAAAGAUGGAUCAAGAACCCUUGGAGAUCUCAAUCGACGGCAGGGACCCGACCUAUAAGCAAUUCCCAACAUGGUCAUUCCGUCGUCUGCAGGCUCUCAUCCCAGCCAGGGCCGUUCUGUACCUGCUCUCUUUUUCUGGGUUCCUCGUCAGUUUUGUCAUGCGAAAUGACAUUAACUUGGCCAUCAUCGCCAUGGUGCGCCACCCUGUCCGGAACGCCACUGAUGAUUCCUCGACCGAACUUUACUGUUACACUCAAACGAACGUCACUGAAGAUGAAGAUUCUGGACGACCAAACUAUGAAGAAGGAGACCUGGACUGGGACAGCACCAUUCAGUCAACUAUAAUCAGCUCCUUUUAUUGGUGUUACGUAAUGUCUCAAAUAUUGGGCGGAUACCUCACCCAAAAGUUGGGCCCCAAGACGGUGUUUGGUUACUCGCAACUCGUCACUGCCAUUGGAUCUAUUUCUAUUCCUCUUGCAACUGAUAUCCACUUUGCUGCAGUCAUAUUUGUAAGGUCUGUCCAAGGAUUCGCAUCAGGCUUGACAUGGCCAGCCAUGUAUGCAAUGGCAGGAAGAUGGAUCCCACCGAGCGAGAGGAGCAGGUUCAUGUCAUCAUUUCAAGGUUUUAGUUUCGGAAUUGGUUUGACCUACCCUCUUUGUGGUUGGCUCAUCGCCAAUUUUGGAUGGAGGGUUGUUUUCUACGUGACUGGAAGCUUGGGUUUCACGUGGUGCAUAUUCUGGUUCCUGCUGGCAUAUGACACCCCUGCUGUGCAUCCCCGUAUUACGCCUUACGAAAGAAGCUACAUUGAAGUUAGCCUGGGAGAGACAGUGGUGAAAGGCAAGGGACUGCCGGUGCCUUGGAAAGAAUUGUUCAAGUCCCUGCCUGUUUGGGCUAUUGGCAUCACCACCUUCGGGCGUAUUUGGGUCAGCUACACUUUUAUAAUAUCAGGUCCACUGUACAUGAAAACGGUGCUGGGCUUUUCCAUUCAGACAAACGGUCUUCUCAACGGGGCGCCGUUCCUGCUAAGCUAUGUCACAUCUGUUAUCUUCUGCUACCUCGCUGAUGUGAUAGUCACCAAAAACGUGAUGUCGUUGAAAAAUGUCCGAAAGAUGAACACCGCUAUAGCGCAAGUUGUGCCUGGGCUGAUCUGCGUUCUGAUUGGAUACCUGGGCUGCAACAUUGUGCCCAUUCUGGUGGUUUGGUUUAUAGCGGUUAGCUGCAUCACGGCAGCCUAUGCAGGUGCCAUGGCGAGCAUCGUAGACAUUGCGCCGAAUCUUGCUGGCCCCAUCUUGGCCUUUGCACAAACCAUUCACAUGUCUGCUAGCUUUCUUUCGCCCAUUGUUGCUGGCUUCCUUCUGAAGGAGAAUCAAAGCCUGGAGCAAUGGCGAAUCGUGUUCGCAGUCACUGCCAUCGUUUCUGUCAGCACAUAUUUCAUGUUCCAAAUCUAUGGCACUGAUGAGGUUCAAGCGUGGAAUUAUCCCGACAGUAAGCCACCAAUGCAGCAAGACGACACUAACACACCGCUUCAGUUAUUAAAUGUGGAUGAGAGGCAAAAGAGUAGUUCAUCUGAGCCCAAAGAGAAGUGAAAAUUUCCAAAACUUUCCUCAUUUCAUCUUUUAUCUUAAAUGUACUUAGUGUUCAUCUGGUAUGAACAAGUACUGCUCAAAAAUUAAGUUUUACAUGUGACAGGAGCACCUAUUAUUGUGAUCUUGUAUUUACAAGCCUUCUGAAUUGAAUUUUUAUUUUUGAUUUACGUUGAAGGUUUCUGACUGCAUCCAAAUAUUUUUCUAGUUUGUCCUGUAGAGGAGAAGAGUUAACAAGCCAUUUAAGUUUCUUGCCAUCAAUCAUUUUAUAACUUAACUCACAAUAUUAUUAACGUUUACGAUAGUUAAGAAAUUAUCACUGCAUCAAAAUAAUUUUGAAAUAUUCGCGCUUAUGCCAGACACUAACAUCACAAACCAAAAGGAUACUUUAAAAAAUAAAAUAACAUUUAAUUUAACAAGUUUUGGAGAUGCAUGCUCCAAAUAAUGAGUGCAUCUAGAUGAAGUAGAUAAUAAAAUCAGGGAGUUGGCGUUGAUAGAAAAUUUCACGUUUAGUUCAUACUCAAUCUUGCUGGAUAUUUGUUCAGAAAAUAAUUUUUCUAGUUUUAUGAUUUUAUUGGUUUUUGAUGCUUUUAUGAACGUCUUUUCCCGAAGUGUGAGUAUCUCUUAAUUGUUUUGAGAAUUUAGGUUCGUUUAAGUAGGAUUUCGCUUUUGAUUUUGCGUCCACAGAAAGGUUCCUUGACAUAAACACAUAAUAUUAGUAAUAAUAUAUUUGAAUCGUGGGACGCGCUGCGAGUACCGCGGGAACACGAUUUAGCGCGAGUUUCAGCGGUACUUGCAGCAGCGCGACCAACGACUCGUAAAAUAUUGACGUGAUGAGUUUACUCCGAUAAAUCAAUCUAUUUUUCGCGCCAAAUCAAAAGCGAAGUCCAACUGUAAGGGAUCAAUCUUGGUGUUUUAUGAACUUUAAUUCUUUGACAAACAGCAAUUUAAUGUUGUAGCUUUAAAAUCUUUAAUAAUUUGUGAAGUUAUUGCACAUUCCACGUUAUUCUGAACUGAUUGUUGCUAUAUUGCAAAUAUUUAUCGCAAUCUGCAAGGCGCUAAAGCAGCCAUUAGUGACCUUCAAGAUCCGAGAUAAUAUCAUGAAGGGCUAUUUUUAAAUGAUUUCAAUAUUGCAGGGAGGCGGGCCUCAUUAUGGUUGUUCAAAAUAAAAUCCGGAUGAUUAGGAUUGGGGGUUUUUAUUUAGUAACUUAAAGAAUUUAAUGAAGUACAAUUAAACCGAGUCAUUCUAAACUUGCAACCACAUUUGAAUUCAUUUUCAGUGCCUAUGAAUGUGAAAUGCAAAUUCGAUUUUUCUACAGUAUGGUUUGUGGCAGAGUUGAGGCACAUCUUGUCCUUCACAUAGGUUUGUGAUCCAAUAAAAAUAUUCCACAAGUUGAUCAAAA